CACCCACGUGGCUCGGUUGAGACUCGGAAGUGUGCGCUUCUUGCGUAGGCGCUUCUUCCGGUUCCGCGUUCUCUUUGCUACGUGUCUUAAGAGGCCUCGUUGGGUAAGUGUAUCGAGCCUCUCUCCGCAACUUUCAUCAUGGAUCAAGUAAUGCAAUUUGUAGAGCCCAGCCGCCAGUUUGUGAAAGAUUCCAUCAGACUUGUUAAAAGAUGCACAAAACCAGAUAGAAAAGAAUUCCAGAAGAUUGCCAUGGCAACAGCAAUAGGUUUUGCAAUAAUGGGAUUUAUUGGUUUCUUCGUAAAAUUGAUCCAUAUUCCAAUCAACAAUAUUAUUGUUGGCGGCUAAACACAUCAAGAAGACAUUAUUUUGUGUAUGGUAAAAUAGCAGAUCAAUGUGGACUUUCUGACUUAAUUGUCUAUGUAGAUCUUCCUCAUUUAUAACUUGUCAAUAUAAACUAGAACUUAAAAUAAAAUUUGUGUGGUAUCCUAUUUGCAAACACAUAAAAGCUUAACCAAUUCUUGAAGACUAAACUGAUGAGAAUUUUUAGGAAAGAACAGAUAACUUAUGAAGUAUUCCAUUUCUUCUUGGAAGUUGGGAAAACAUCAGUGUUGGAAAAAAACUGAACAACACUGAGCUAUCUAUACAAUUGAUUUACUUAUAUAUCCCUACCUUGGAUUAUCACUGAAGAUGCCCAACUUCUGUCAGUUUCAUGCCAAAAGAAAAUAUGUAUUUUUUGCAAAAAUGUAAUUAGCAAAUAUAUGUUAAAUUGUAUCUUUAUUAAGGCAAUUAUAAAUCUCA